AUGCUUUAUAAACCUAUACAAUAUCCUGAGUCUAGAGCUCUGGAUAGGAUUACACUACAACAACCGAAAUCUCAUUUAUUGCCUGAAAUCCAAAUGAACUAACAAUUUAAAUCGCUCCAAAAUAUACCACAUUCAAGUAGAGUGAAUGAUGGAUUAUUGUCUUACAGAAAUAGUCUAUUUGAUCAAAUAUAAGAACCUCUGACGUAGAGAUCAACUUACAAUUCAAUCAUCAAGAAUAAGAAAUUCUCUUUGAACCAAGAACAAUAGAGUUAAAAAAAAGGACUAUUAGUCAAAUUUGAAGAUAUGGGAAUCUAAAAUAAUUAACCAAAAAGUAUUUUGAAAAGGAAAAAUUCGAACAGUAGUCAACACUCAGAUGUUUUAGAUUUCUUCGAAUUAGUGGAAGAAUAAGCUUUACCUGUACGGAACAAGAAGCAUAUUAUUCUUGAACCUUUACAAUCUACUCCUUCUCCACAAAUGGCGAAUGCUAUUUCACCUAAAAGAGUCUCCUUCAAUAAAUAAAUCUAAAUAAAAUUGAUCAGUGAUGAUUAUACUGAAUCUAAUGAAAAAAGAGUUUAAAGUAGACACCAUUUACGUAGAUAGAUGACAGACUUCAUAAAUUGA